GGGGGGGGGGGUUGAUUGGAGGCAGGUAUUUCAAUGGCUGUGAAAUUGAGGGAGGGUGACGUAACGUAGUAAUCGUCGUUUUGUGCCGCAAAAUGCCGCGUGAAAAAAGAAAAAGAAAAGGAAAAUAGCUUUCACCGAGAAAGGCGCUGCUAUAAGUGGUGGGUGUGGAAAGCUGGUCGUACCAAAUUUAGCUGCUGUUCAAUUUUACCUGUUCUUCGUUCCCCCACCGCAAUUGUCUGUUCUUCUGUCUCUCGCUGCGUAUUUUUGCCAUCUUAUGGCCAAUGUAGUGCUUUUCCCAUGUGAAUCGAACACGGAUUAGGUUUCCCCUAGGGCUUGUCCACUCGAUAUCUCUCACUCACUCUUUGGGAGGGAGGAGAUUUCGAAGCUUCUCCUCUCUCUCUCUCUCUCUCUCUCUCUGCGUGUUCUUGCGCAAGAUUUCGCCUUCCUUUGUUUUUUUUUUUUCCUGUUUUCCCAGAAAAUACACAGAUGAACUGCUUCUCCUGCGCCAGUUUUAAUAGCAAGGAUGUCGAAGAUAAUGACGACGAUUUGGCAGUUCACCCUGCCGAGCCUUCAGCGAGCGGGCGGGGGAAGCCAUUCGUCAAUAAUAGCAAAGAGAGUUUGAGCCGAGCGAAUUCUUUCGUUAGUAGUAAGGGCAAGGAAAUUAGCAGCCAGAAGGGCAACAUGGCUAGUAGCUUCACGUUCCGCGAGCUCGCCGCAGCCACAAGAAACUUUCGAGAGGCCAAUUUGAUUGGGGAAGGCGGUUUCGGAUGCGUUUACAAGGGCCGCCUGGAAUCCGGCCAGAUUAUUGCAGUGAAACAGCUUAAUCUCAAUGGGCUGCAGGGAAACCAGGAAUUCAUUGUGGAGGUUCUUAUGUUGAGUCUACUACAUCACCCCAACCUCGUCACGUUGAUUGGCUAUUGCACUGAUGGAGAUCAGAGACUUCUGGUUUAUGAAUACAUGCAAAUGGGUAGCUUGGAGAAUCAUCUUUUUGAUAUUGAACCCAAUCAAGAACCACUAGACUGGAGGACAAGAAUGAAGAUUGCCGUUGGUGCUGCUCGGGGCCUGGAAUAUCUCCAUUGCAAGGCGAACCCACCAGUUAUUUACCGCGACUUGAAAUCUGCAAACAUAUUGUUGGAUGAAAGCUAUAAUCCUAAGCUCUCAGAUUUUGGACUUGCUAAACUGGGUCCUGUGGGUGACAAUACUCAUGUCUCUACCCGAGUAAUGGGAACAUAUGGUUACUGUGCCCCUGAGUACGCAAUGAGUGGCAAACUGACUCUAAAGUCUGACAUCUAUAGCUUUGGUGUCGUUUUGUUGGAGCUGAUAACAGGGCGUAAAGUGAUUGACACCACGAAAAAGCCGGGAGAGCAGAACCUCAUUGUUUGGUCCCGGCCUUUGUUAAAGGACAAGAGGAAGUUUGUUCAAUUGGUCGAUCCGCGGCUGCAAGGGCGCAUUCCCAACCGUAGCUUGCACUAUGCUGUUUCCAUCACUGCAAUGUGUCUUCAGGAGCAAGCGAAUUUCCGGCCCCUUAUCAGUGACAUUGUUGUAGCACUCGAGUACUUGGCCUCUCAGACCGACAAAGAGUUGCAGAAGGGACUGCAGCGGUCCCCUGGAUCAGCACCAAAUUUGCAGAGCGAGAGUGACUCAUUUUCUCGAGACCCAAACUGUGGAAGCUUUUCCUCUGCCGUUUGAGGCUUGUGUUAGCAACUUAUGGAAUCUAUCUCUGGUUAAUUGUGAGGGCACCGCCCUCUUUAUACUGGGAGUUUGCUUACUUGGGUUUCACUUUCAGAAUCAGAGACGGCUUUGUAAAGAAAAGAGUUGGUCUUGUGGUGGAACACAGAGGUAUUUAGAUCUCACCUCCUGUAUACAUACAUUUCUAUUUAUUGACAUUUAAGAGAGGAUCACAGAGUGGCAAUUUAUUUAUACUUUUUUUUUUUUCUUUCUUUCUUUCUUUCUAGGCAUGUUAUCCGUGUUGUUGACGCACAAUUAGAGUCCAAUCAUUUAUUCAAAUGGUGAAUUAUAUGGCAGUUGGGUUGGCGAACAUAAACUCUUUAUUUAUUUAUUUAUU